CCUGAGCUCUUACGCUGCUCUUGCUGGUAACCAAGUUACCUAAUUAUCCAGUGUUUCGUUUUCUUUAUCUGGUUUCCCGUAAGAACGUUACUUUCCUUACAGGACCCCCUCAGAUUAAGGCAGCUCGUUCUUCUCCCCAUGUGUCGCUCUCUUCCGACCUCCCACACAGGUCCCAGGAUCUUGGAAUAGAAAAACUUGGUUGUCAUUAUCCUUUUUCCACAUGAUGACUUCAGGCUAUUUUUCUUUAUCACUUCCUAAAUGACUCCCCCUUUGAAACCCGCAGCAUCUGGUUCUAGCACUCCCUCCCCAUCCUUAAAACUCUCAACUACAAACAUUCAGACCGGAUGAUGUCAGCAUCCACGUGGACGCCCACUUACCACCAGCUUCUUGGCUGCUCUGUUCCAAGUAGCUGAGACAAAAUUAAAGCAUGUUUAUAUCCUCAAGGAUUUAACAUUUUACCAAGAAGUAAUACCAAAUGGAACAACUUGCAUCUCCCUGUGCCAUAUUUUACUGGUGCAUUUCCAUCUAAACCUUACCAUCACUUGGAGAAGUCCUCCUUUUAAAAUCUUUAAACUUAAUACUGUGCUUCUUUACCUGGGCUCCCAGAGGCAGCCCCCCCAGAACAUCAGUCAGCUGCUCAUAUAGGUAUCAGUUUGAACCUCCCCAUUCCUUUUACUCCCUGUCUCCAUGCCCUCCUGCAUCUGUUUCAAUCAUUUGUUGUUCUCUCCGUAAACUGUCUUUCUGGCUUUGCUCUUCUCAUCAAACUCUCAAAGCACUCUAGGUCACACUGGAUUGCUAGAAAAAAAUAGAGACAUCAUCAGAUUUAAAUGUUCUUAACAACCUGCCCUCAUUCAUGAACUUCUCUGUGUCUGUACCCAUCUCUCUCCUGAUUUGAAACAUAACAUGUCCUUCCUCUAUCCCAAAGCUCAUUCAUUUACCAAUUAAGUGUUUGGUGUAGAGUUUUGGGGGAGGGUUUUUUAUUUGCUUUUAUGGGGCAGAAUAUAGAUUUCAAACCAUGCCAGUUCUCUUAAGUUUCAAAGUUCUCUUUUUAAAGACCUCAUUUUUCCUGAUUGCAGAUGUAGCAUAUAUAAAUUAUUAAAAAGCGAAUGAUGUAGAAAAAGUUUGCCAGGAACAGUACAAGUCCAGAAACUCCUCUGUAAUUGCACCAGGCAAAGACCCUUUGUUCACUGCACAGCAGUCAUUCCUUACUGCCCUGUACCCUCUGCCUCGUCAGGAGAGCCCAGAAUUGUUCAGAUAUUACGUAUCUUCAUAAUUCCUGGCCCAAGGAUGCUAGUCCUACGGUAUAUUAGUUCACUUUUGCUGUGGCAGUAGACAAAACCUUUUAACCACAGUGGGUUAGAAAAACAAACAGGUAUUUUUUGCUCAAGUUAUUUAAGGGCAAAAGGUUGGCUGCAGCUUUGCUGGGCUCAGCUCAGUUUUAAGUGUCUUCUUGUUUCAGGACCAAAGCUGAAGAAGCAGCUGUUCUCAGAGCAGAAGGCAAAAAUUUAAAGCAAGAGGUCGGGGGUGUCGGGGUGAGGAAGUCAAUAGGUAUUUGAAGCUUCUGCGUUCAUGUGAUAUGUCAGAAUCAUGUGAUGUUGGCCAAAGCAAUUCACAUGUCUACACCCGCAGUCAUUACUCAAGGAAGUGCAUUCAGCCUACAGGGAGAGAAAGCACUACAAAGUCACAGGAAAAGGGGCGUGGGUGGGUAACGCUAAUCCCUAGUGUACCACAUGGGAAUUCCAUUCCCCUUACAAGUGAACGAUUGUCUGCCGAGCGUCACAAUUCCGGCCAAAUGAGAUUGGAAGGAAAGUUCUUGGGGGUCUCCUGAGGAAGAGAAGGAGAUGUGCUCAUGGGGUAACUUUGUGCCCUUGGAGCAUGUAAAGCUGCAUCCUGGUGCAUGGAGAGAUGUCAGGUUCCCCCUGUACUAUGAGCUUAAGAUUGCCUUUGUCGUGUGGCUGCUCUCCCCCUAUACCAAAGGAGCAAGUUUAAUAUAUAGAAAAUUCCUUCAUCCACUUCUUUCUUCCAAGGAAAGGGAGAUUGACGACUAUAUUGUACAAGCCAAGGAGCGGGGCUACGAGACCGUGGUCAACUUUGGGCGGCAGGGGUUGGCUUUCGCGGCCACUGCGGCUGUCACUGCAGCCGUGAAGAGCCAAGGAGCAAUAACGGAACGUUUACGAAGUUUUAGUAUGCAUGAUCUAACAGCUAUCCAAGGCGAUGAGCCUGUGGGACAAAGACCAUUCCAACCUUUACAAGAAACAAAAAAGAAAAGUAAAUCAGUCUCCGGUGACUCAGCAGGUUAUGGAAUUCCACUGAAAGACGGAGACGAGAGAACUGAUGUAGAAACGGAGGGGCCAUAUUCAGACGAUGAGAUGUUAACACACAAAGGGCUUCGAAGAUCGCAAAGCAUGAAAUCAGUGAAAACCGUGAAAGGCCGCAAAGAGGUGCGAUACGGAUCACUAAAAUAUAAAGUAAAGAAGAGACCACAGGUGUAUUUUUAGUCAUCUGCACUUCAAGAAUCCCAACACAAAUUACACUAAUACAUUGACUUUUUUGCUAACAUUAUUCAUUCAGGAUUUAUACAUUAAAAUAAUACUUUAAAUUGUGGCGGUGAUAGGGUUUAUUUUCACCAAUUUAAAUAGCUUUUAUUUCUUUCACCAUUACUUCCAUUCCUGACUACUAAAGGUAGUUACGCAAAGCUUAUUUAUGUAUAUGUAUAUGUAUAUGUAUCUCAGAAAUAAUAGAAUAUCGUGUUGUCUGUUUUCAAAUUCCUCAACAACAUUGAGUGCCUGGGAUAUUAAGAUGAAACACAAACCCACAGUAUACUUGAAAAGAGUCUUUUUGCGGUUGAAGAUACAUCAGCCUUUGUGCUAUUGUAUUCGUGUUUACCUCCGUUUAUAUUCUGUCUAUCACAUGAGGAUCGUAAUUAAAUAGGCCUUUGAUCCAGCAGUGAUAGGACAAGGGCAUAAUGUAAGAUACAGCGUGUUUUAUAUAUUCUUUAAAUUUUUACUUUUUUAAUACUUUCUGGUUUUUCCACCAUCGACUGAAAGUUUUCGAAACAAAUAUUUGAAAGCCAGGUCUCCACAUAGCACUUUUAUUCCUGACUAGUUUUGCACACUUGAAAAUUGUUUACUUAUUUGCAACUGUACAUUUAUUUUAAGUUUUAUUGACACUGUCUUUAUUAUUUGUCAUAUCCCGACAUGUCACAUUUAUGCCUUGAAUUUCGACGUCUCUUUUCCUGUGGGUUUCUUUGUUAAAUUCAUUAGAUUCUAAUAUGAAAAUACAGCUCAUUGUUCAACUUUAUUUCUAAUUGUCUCCUCGGUAGGUAAGAAGCUGUUGUAAACAUUAAUCAGUUUUCCAUACAUCGUAGUUAAACUUAGCAUGUUCUUGUUAACACUGGUUACAUUUUCAGCAUUUAAAAUGAGUAGCUUUUGUGAAACAGGGUCAUGAAGUUAUCCAGCAGUCAGUCCAUUCACAAGCCUGGCACUGAUAUGUGCUGCUAAUUUAUAAAUCGAUAUUGACUAGAAUCAUUUAAAUCUCCUGUCUUCUGGCUGAGAUGGUUUCCUGAAGAUAGGUGCCAAUGCAAAAUACAGAUGUUAAUCUUAAGUACUAGAAGCUACUAGAAUAGAUAUUAGAAAAAUAUCUUUUAAUCCAAGAGAUUUUGAAUUACGGAACGUGGAGGCUUUUUUAGGUGACAUUGAUAACUAUGCAUUAUGAAGUCUCUGUUUCUCGUGGUGGUUUUAGUGAUCAGUAGUCAAAUUUGUACAGUUAAUUCAGAUAAUUUACUUGACUGUUCUGUUUGUCCAAAAGAAAAAAACAGGGAGAUUUGUGAGAUCUUUGACUUUUCUACCUUUUUAAGAAAUGAAGCCAGCGGGCAAUGUAUAUUUAGGACCGCCUCAGAGUGUUGGCAGAGAACAGAAUGUUUAUUUAGGAGUACCUUAAUUUAAUUAACACAUUGCUCUUGAUACAAGUCUUAAACCAUUUUCUAGACCAUCUCACAUUCUUGAUACGUAACAUCGAGAAAAAUUUGCUCAACUUCUUUUCUCCAAAAGUUUAAUUCUAUGAAUAUCUUCAUCUACUUUACCUUGACUAAUUUGUAGCCUUUGGGUUUCUAGAAAAACUCUUGAAUCUGUGUUCCAAAUUGCUAGGAAUUCUGAUUAUAAACUCUUGGAAGACAGUCUUAUUUAUAUGCCUAGUACCAGGCUUAUUAAUACAACUGCUAUAUCCCAUGUUUGUCUUUCCUGCCCAGAGGCCGUGUCAUCUCAAGUUGCCUGACAAGGUCAUGUAACUGACUCCGUAUGAAAACAUUACCUGUGUGGGCUGCUCUGCUCCAUUUUAUCUUUUCUAAGUCCGAUCUGAGUAUUAAGCCUAUGCCUUAAUUAUAGUAAACUCAUAAAUACUCUUCUAAAUUGGAGGCAUUAUUUAUCCCUCUCCACUUCUACAAAAAAGACACCACAGGUCACAAAGGGGAAAUGCAUGUCCUCCUUUUUCAUUGCGUCUCUCCACACAGUGCUUCCUCUGAUCUGUUUCUCCUGUUGCAUCCUUAGACACCGUGGAGGUCGCUUUGCUGUUCCAUCAUUUCCUUUCUCUCCUUUUCUUACAUUUCUGAGAUUUUGCCGCUUUUCUCUUGUGUGUGUUUUAGCAUGCCCUUUCCUUGGAACUUUGUAUGAUAAGCUUAUAAAUCUCUGUCUCUCUUAAGGUGGAACAGGUCAUUUUUUGUUUAUCUGUUUGUGAGUCCACUGCUUUUAAAAGAGGUAAAUUUCUCUCUCGACCACAGUGCCUUGCUUUCCCAACACCGCCAUUUGGUGAAGGGGCAUCAGAUGCUGCACAAGCCUAUAAAAGGCGUUAGAAUGGUAGCUGUUAAAAUUUAUGCAGAAAUUGUAGCCAGUGUUUUAUUAUAUAUUCACUCAACUUGCGCAUUAAUAUUAACGAUUUCCCGAGUUUGUUUGGAAGUGACAGUUGAUCUGUUCUUUAGUUUACCGUGGUUUUUUUCUGGGAUAAAAAACGAGCCAGAAGUAAGUCUGAUUGCUAAGUAAUUAAUUAGGUAAACCCACGUAGGUCCCGCACAAGAUUCCCUCCACACAACUCACUUUACGUAUGUGGAUUUGGCUAAAAAGUGGUAACUGCCAACAUUACUGGUUAUAAAUACUUGACUACACAGAUUGAUGGAACAAAAUUAUUAAAGUGUUUUCAGGGAAUUGAAUCCAUAUGUCACCACCAAAGAGUUCUACAGUGUUAUAAAAUAUGUAAAUAUUCCAAAUUUCUGUAAAACACUGGUUGGAUAAAUAUGUCUUCUUUCGUUUCCUUUUGUGAGAUAACAUAGUUUGAGCUUCUGUAAUACUUGAACUUUUGUGUUGUUAAAAAUAAUCCAAUGCUAUCUUCUGUUAUAUAUCAGUAAUUUGUAUGUUUAAUUGGAAUGUACUAAAUUUUUAUUUUGAUUUUCUUUUAUCAGGAAAAUUAAGGAGUUAAUAUGUAUCGACAAGCAAUUUCCUACGUGUUCCUGUAGACUGAUUCAUUUGCAAAGCAAUUAGGCAAUUUUGAGAUCGUUGUUACUGUGGUACGCAGUGUAUAUUUCUUAGUAAAUAUCAUUUAAGAGUAAAACUUUCCAAAAGAAAAAUACAGCUUUUUCCUCUAAAUGGUUAAGAUUUAAUCUUCUAGUAGUAUCCUACGGAUUUGUUGUAUAUUAACUUUUUAAAAAUGACCAUGAAUUAACAUUUUCUCCUCUAAUGCUUCUUAAAUCUGUGUACUUUCAUAGUUAAGAGAAAGCAGUUUUGUAAUUUUUUAAACUCUUUGUAAAGGCUCUCUUUAGGCCUAGUAUGGGGGUAAUUUUGCAAAUGUGUUUUUUGAAAUCUUUAAUAUAAAAUAAACUCAUUUUAUUAGUGA